CAAGGUGAUGAUAUAUCCGAUCGAUUUUCUGACAAUAAAAGAGUAAGGAAAGAUGCGUCGAUGAUUGCUUGUCUUAGAAAUGUUCUUGGUAAUAAAUUGAGCGUCUCAUCUCGUAAUUGUCAGUUAGAUAGUUUUAAGAUAGACAGGAUACCCGAAUAUGAUAAAAUGACGAAAAUCGAAAACAAACUUGAGGAUUCCAAGAAAGUAAGAACUGAACGCGAUAAAAGAUUAAUAGAAAGCGAUCUGAGUUGGAAAGAAUGGGCAGAGAAUUCAUUUCUUAUGGUUGAUAUUCAUGUGAAUGUGAAUGGACUGAAUAGUCUUAGAUAUUUGCUGGCAAGGAUGAUGAAAGGACAUUCAAGUGGUAUAAGAAAUCAGCAUAGUCAUAAAUCUGCAGAUAUGGAUUGCGAUGAUGAAGGAUUAAAUGAACUUGAAUACGAAAGUCGAAAGGUGCAAAAUCUUGAGUUGGAAAAUGGUUUCCCGAAUAAUGAAUGUCAACGAAGAUUUCUCCAAAAACUAUUAUAA